AGCACUAGCACAGCAGUUUCACCCGGCGAGAAAAUUGUUCCUAGUACGAUCUGAAGUUAUUGAAGUUAGACGAUCAUAAGCAUAACCGUUUGGAUUUGCUUCUUCAAGUAGAGAUCUCGUGUAGACUUCGACAAAGUCUAGUAGGACUACAAGCCGGCGCCCGCUAAAGUGUGAUAUUUUGUUUACUGCUGAAAGAAAUAUUGGUUUAAUAUAUAUUUCUGUAGCAAAAAAUAACGACAGGACUAUACAAAAAUGGGAGUCAACAGGCUACCCCGGAGAAUUGUCGGCGUGCUGUCGACUCUCCUUUUGGAGGCGCAGCAGCAUGGCAAAUUUUUCCUAUACCCGGGGGUUGCCGCCGCCGCUGUGGUGCCGCCGUCUGUUGGAACAUCGAGAAGGAGUACAGCAGAGGCUAUUGCCGCACCUGCCGCAGAACAAGUAACACCUACAGUGGAAGAUGAAGAUGCAGAUUCAAAAAUGUUAAGAAAAUCGGAAAAAAAUCCGCAAAAAAUCCAGGCACGCCGCAAAAAAUCGACUUUGUGCCGCGGCUGCUAACGUCCACAAGCGAAGCAAAGUAGCGCGAAACGAAGUCGGUUGCCCGCGUUCUCGAAGCUCGAGAACGCGUCAACUCGGUCUCACGGCAGUUUUUGCCGGUGUCCUGAGGCGUUAGGCCCCACCCUGGAGCGCCCGGGCUGCCAGAAAGAUUCCCGCAGUCGGGUUGGGGGCGCCGGGUUGUCAUGUUCCGCCCGGCGGGCGGUGCUCACAAAAUCGAUUUUGUGAGUACCCGCGGACAGAUUCGAUUUUGUGCGCACCCUUCGGGCACGCUUUUCGAAGAUGCCCUAUCCUCGGGCGGGGCCACACAAUCCGCGCGUGGUCGCAAAAUCGAUUCUACCAACACAAAAGCCGGCUUUGUGCAAUGCAAAAUCGAUUUUGUGCAAUCCGCGUCUGCGGGAAUGCAGAAUCCAUUUUGUGCAAUGCAAAAUCGGGAUUCGGUUUUGUGCAAUGCAAAAUCGAUCUUGUGCAAUGCAAAAUCGUUUCUGUGCAAUGCAAGAUCGAUUUUGCUGCUUUCGGUUUUGUGCAAUGCAAAAUCGAUUUUGUGCACUGCAAAAUCGGGAUUCGGUUUUGUGCAACGCAAAAUCUAAAUCGAUGCUGUGCAAUACAAAAUCGAUUUUGUGCAAUGCAAAAUCGAUUUUGCGGGAUUCGGUUUCGUGCAAUGCAAAAUCGAUUUUGUGCAAUCCGCGUCUGCGGGAAUGCAAAAUCGAUUUUGAGCAAUGCAAAAUUCGGGAAUCGGGAAUCGCCCCCCUUGUUACGUUGGUUGGCUCUGGCCUCUACAGUUUCGCCGCGCCACCGGAUUUUUUUUCGAUUUUCUUGGCCGAUAAAAAGUUGGUCCAAAUCACUACCAAGAAACACCUACAGUGGAAGAUGAUGCUACACCUGCGUCGUCUCUGUUGCAAGUGUCUUCAAGUACAGCACCAGCAGUACUACCGGGAGCUACUACUGCAUCUGCAGGUACAUCCGAGCAUCAAGACAGUCACCAAGCCGUGUUCCCACGACAAGAGGUCGCAUCUUCGGAAGAGGAAGGAAAACACACGCGAAUCGUAGCACCGGCAGAAACAAAACCAGCAGCAAGGAGCGCAACAUCGGUACAAGAUAUUAAGAGCAACCGCAUCCUGCAGGGCAAUAGAGAUCAUGACGAUGAGUCACAAAUGAAGAACCACGACCAGAAGCUUGUGGUGGCCCAUAAAACGGAUGAACAGGAUCAAGACACAGUAGGUGACGAUGCAGUGCGACAACUUGAAACAGCGCAAAAAUCUUCUACAACCAAGCCCUCCUCCCCCAUCGACCCCUCCGAGUUGCACCCGCCCCCGGAAUUCGGCUCUUUUCUCUACUUCGCUCGCUGGUUCUGGUGGGUGCUCAUCGCCUACAUGUUCUUUGCCCAGGCCACCGUGUGCGACGAGUGGUUUGUGCCCGCGAUCGAGGUGGUGUGCGAGAAGUACGGCAUUCCGGAAGACGUGGCGGGCGCGACCUUGAUGGCGCUGGGCUGCAACGGGCCGGAGCUGUUCACCAACGCGAUUGCGCUGUUUGUGACGCACUCAGAUGUGGGUGUCGGCACGAUUGUGGGAUCGGAAAUUUUCAACCUGCUUUUGAUCAUCGGGAUCAGCAUCCUCGCCUCGCCAAAACUUCCUUUAAUUGUGGACAAGUGGCCCUUCUUGCGGGACUGCUUUUUCUACCUGCUGUCGAUUGGACUGCUGUACUGGGUUUUGCAAGAUGGGGUGGUCACACUGUACGAGUUAUCAACUGCAAAUAUGUCCGGAUCUGGAAAGGUUGAGCCUGUAUUGCGUGUUUCGCAUUCCUAAAAAACCUGUAUUAUGCAGCAAAUAAUGCACCACACUUUCGUCAUGCAAAAACGCAGUUUGUAAUGCGUCUUGCGCAUGACAGAGCGUUUGAAAGAUUUGUCAUGCUGCACUGCACAACUUAAGGGCACAGUCAAUCAUGACCAUUCAGCAUUACAAGUUUCCAGACCCAGACAUAUUUGCAAUCCAUACGAGUCUCUGGUCCUGCUCACCUUCGCGGGGUUCUUCGGCUGCGCGGUCGGGUACACAAACCGGGUUUUGGUGUAUUUUGGAGUAAGGAGUGGCGAGAAAAACGGGUUUAUUUGUAGCUCGGGCGAAGAGGGGGUCGCGGGCAUCAACACAGGCGGAGAUGAGGAAGGUAUUUGGAUUUUCUUAUAAACAGUCUUAAGCUGUAUAAUUUUCUCAUCCGGUGGUCGUGAAAAGGAAAAUUUCAGUUUCAGAUUGCAUAGUGGUCUUGAACAAGAUAAAUAUCGAUGUAUGUUCCAAAUCCAACCUCCGACACAAAUCUUCUGAAUCCCAACAAUACUAGAUCUCGAGUGGUCUUCUGACUGCCCGUUCGUCCCGAUGGACGAGAAAGCGACCAUCAGUGUGCAGAGAACUUCGCAACUGGAGGGCCGGACCACCGCCAGAAGUCACAAGCUGGAGAUCCACGCAAGCUACUUUGUCGCGGAGGGGCUUGAUGUUUUCGAAAAUAAUUACACAAGAGCUGGCGGAAAUAAAGCCUCGGGCUCGAGCAGUUUAAUCGGCAGUGGUGCCUUGUCUUGCGCGGUCGAGAUGACGGGCGCGAAUAAAAGCAGCUCGCCUUGCUGCGCUCCAGGCAGGGGACAGAAGGAAGGUAUCUAUAGCGACGGAUUGAUUUUGAUUUUCAUUUUUUACAAUGCUAAAGAUAUGACGCGCAUUAUGGCAGGGAACGUGUCGUGCAAUGGUAGUGGGUGCUGACCAUCAUAUUGAGAACUAAAAUCCGAAUUUCACUAUUCUGAAUCAAACAGUGUCGGCCGCCACACUGAAUGCGCUUUCCUCCGCGGGGCUAGCGGCGCCUUUGUUGACCAGUAGCGAGGACAUGUCGGAUAGGUCCACUACAGCGAAGGACAGCUGUCAUGGCGACAACGAUUUGUUUACUUCGAACAAGAUGAAGUGCGGAACCACGAAGAACAUCAAGACGAAGGAUGCUUCGAUAUUGAAUAAUUAUGCCUCGCCGUGCAAAGGAACAUCUUCUUCAACAACCACUACCAGAACAGCCGCAAAUAAUUUUACCAAGCCGCAGAACAGAAAACUUUACUUCCGCGACACUCUCUGCACAACACAACUCGAGGGUCCGACGCAGAUCAGCUUCCGGGACAAAAACGAUGACUCAAUCUCCUAUUUUGUCAGCUUCUCCUCCGAAGCCGUUUUGGGCCAGGUGUUGGAUCUGAUGGAAAAAGCGCGGGAUAAAAGAACGCAGCAACACUUGUCCUCACCAAAGUUCUCGGUCACGGGGACGGUGUCGCAAAUCUGCAGUGCCGGGGUGCCGACUUCGCAGAAAGUGUACCUGGCGGCAGGUAAUGAAAAGUAAAUCUCUGAGCAAUAAUUAUAAUUUCAUUAUAUUUUACGCCAAGUUAAAUCCUACGCACAGGUGGUACAAGAUGCAUUUUUGAAAUCCGUGUUGCACAAGCCGCAGUUGUAAUUAUCAGUUCGGCGAAUGCGAAACCGAAACUUGCCUUGCGUAUGAUGAAGAAAAUUAUGACGCGACAAAACAUAAAACAGCCCUCCCCGUGAACUUUCUCCUUGAAUCCACGAUGCGGUGGUGUGACCCGAAAAACCCGAAGACCAAGCCCCUUUGGCUCGUUGCCUUCACCAUCUCCAUGUGCUGGCUCGCGGUGUUUUCCUAUGUCAUGGUCACGGUCGCGGACAUCAUCAACAUCCAAUUCCACAUCACCCAGGCCAUUCUGGGUGUGACGCUCUGCGCCGCGGGCACCUCGUUUCCGAAUCUCUGGGCGAGCUACAUCACGGCAAAAGAGGGCAAGAGUUCUAUGGUAUCAAAAGGAAAAAUCCCCCAUCCCCAUAUCACAAACGAAAUUUGUGUUGCUGUAUUUGAGUACACAAAUCGUUGUGUAUUGCUAGAAGGCCAAGAGACGCAGUUGCUCCCUAGUUUGGAGGCAAUUUGUCAUGCUAUUUCCCGUUUCCAGUUGCUUCCUGUCAUGCUGAAGACGCAAGGCGUCCCUGCGCCAGCCAGCACUACAAUCCGCAUUUCUUCCCUUCUAGCAUCACAAAGCUGAUUUGUGACCACAAAUCUGCAUCACAGAUUUCCGUUUUGAUAUGGGGAGGGGGCAUUUUUCAUUGUAAUAUAUGGCGGUGGCGAACGCCCUCGGGUCGAAUGUGCAGAACGUGUUCCUUAUCCUGUGCAAAAGUAUCGUACUCGUAGUAAUCGCAGUCAUGCAUUACAAAUCUCCAUACCAAGGUAAAACAGCAUGACAAAUUUCAUUUGUCAUGCUGACCGAAUUUGUAAUGCGAUUUCUACUAGUACGAUACUUUUGCAAUGCAUAUUCCUCGCACUGGCGCUGCCCUGGGUCGUGAAAACUUUUUUCGCGGAGAAUAACGCCAUCCCCAUGGCCACGCCAGGGAUCAUGGACGGCGUCGUGUGGAUGGGGGGCACGUGGUUGCUACUGGUGAUGCUCGCGGUCGGGAAUGACUACGGGCUACAACCGUGGAUGGGAUACCUCUUUUUCGGCCUGUACGCCGUCUACUUGGUGGACGCCUGCUUCAUUCACACGAGUUGAUUAGGAGUGAGGCAUCAGGUAUUAUAAGUGAAAUAGGACGGUCUCGUUCUGUCGAAUUGAAGGUAAUUUUGAAUGACGAAGACACAUAAAGACCACGAAAUUUCUUGUAUACCCAUCCUAGUAAGUAUGUAACAAGCGACAGAUGACUUUACUACUCCCGGCCCGCAGUUGUACAUUUUUAUCCUGGCUGCUCUCGUGCGGGUCGUGUGCCAUGAGACUGAUUUUCUACGCUCCCGGCUCUUCAUUGCAAAUGCAAUUGCUAUUAGCCACUACAAUCAGGGCGCUUGCAGAAUACGAAUUAUGACCACACACGUGUUAAGUACUUUUACUACCCGCGCCAGCACAAUCGAUUGAUAAAUGAAAACUGUAUCGGAGGAAAAGUUGCCAGUUUUGGACCGGAAGAACCACUCUCACCGAAGUAAAAAGUCAAGCUUUGUAUUUGUUUUUUUUACUUCUUUUCGCUUAAGCUUUUUUGAGUUCUCGCAUCGCAGAUUUUCAUUUAAUAAAUGAGUUUCACCUUCCUUGGCCGCUUUUAGUAAUUUUCGGGACAUGGCAUGAUGAACCAAAACGCGCAUGAUAAUCCCAAACGACCUAACUACGCAUCACAUGUAGUGUUACUACGCAUAAUAUUGAAUGUGCAACUGUGUACUGAUAAAUUUACGAGCAU